AUGUCUGCUCACAAAUCUUCCAGUGCAGCCACUCGCUUACUGACACCGUCCGAAUUGGACAGCGACUCCGAGUCUGAGUUGGCCCCCAGCUUGGAUGCCUCAUCACCACCGACACAAGAUCCAAAGGCCAAGUCUAAAGCAAAGCAUAACAACACGAUAAAUAACCAAAGGAAAGGCAGCAUCACCGCGAGGGAACAGUGCUUGCACUUUGCACGCUGGAUCCCUCGUGUCAUCGAUAUGUUUUGUAGCUUAACUGAUACAUUCCGUAUUGCGAUGCUAAUGGAAGAGGAAGAGGCUUCUAAGGUGUCGGGUCACUCAGAAGAUGAAGAUGUCAAGGCGCAGCGAGACCAAGUCCUGUCUUACGUGGGUAAAGAUGCCCAAGAAUGA